CCACCUUCAACCGCUCUUCCCGAUAAUCCUAUAUUGACCAAUCGCCAAUGGAAAACAUUUUGGGCACUCGCUAUCCCACUUCACGCCCGCACAAUUUGGUUGCGUCUUCUCCACAACAAAAUACCUCAUCGAACACUUAUGUAUGUAUGUCGCCUAUGCUCAUCAUCUAUCCCCGAAACACUAGACCACUUCCUCUACGACUGCCCCUUAAGCAUGAAGUUUGGUCGACUAUCUUCCAACGCUACUAUUCACCUCUCAUCAACAUUGAUCGACCCAACUUCCUACAAAUACUUCAAAAUAUUUGCCGGCUCACUUCCAUUAAUAACAUUAGAUUCCCUUCCCUCCCCUUCAACUCUUCUUUUUGCCUGCACCCUCUUGGGUAUAUGGCAUGCCCAUUGGGCCUUCAUUUUUCACUCUACCCCUUUCGUGCCUACAAACGUGAUUACAUCCAUCGCACGCAUCCUGUCUCGUUUGGAAAACGAGGAGCUUUAUAGUUCUGAUAUUCCAUAA